UACAUUUGUGGUUUUGCUUUUAGUCUCUAUUUUCACUUUGGUAGUUUACACAUUUUUGCGUGUAUCUACCCGAAAAAGCUUCAGCAUGGCAACGGAUACUAGGAUCCCCACAGUUGCUGCUGAAGAGAUAGACCUGACCACUGUUCGUGUUGUUGUAAUUGUUCCAGAACUGACUUUAAAAACAAAAGUGUUCGGGGCAAAGGAACCCAGCAAAAAUUGUAAAGUCGAAGUUAAACCAGAGACAAGAAGUUUACAGUUCACUGCUGAAAUAGAAGAAAAAGGUGGUAAGGUGAUCAAGUAUGAAUAUAAAGCCAACAAACUACCUGGGGACAUCGAGCCUAAUUGUAAACCUGAGUUUAAAAAGGGGCAGGUAAUUCUAAAUUUGAAGAAGAAGGAAGAGAGUUCGUGGGCAGUUCAGCUCUCUAAGAGUGGACUUGAUCAGGAUCCAGAUGCCUAGGCACAGAAAGCAGAGCCAAGGAUAUUGAAUCAGAUGAAUCCUGUUAUUGGAUUGAAGGCAUGUUUGUAAACAUUUAGUACUUGAGCUGAUAUGGUCAACAAGAUUUUAAUACAGAGGUAUUGUACCUAUACUUAUCAACUGAUAUGCUGAAGUGAAAUAUGCAUGCAGUAAUUUCUACUUUUUAUGCCUGUCAUAUUUUGCUAGCUUUGCAAAACCUAGAACUACCUUAUAUCAUUUAAAGAUUUAUGACUAAAUGUUUUAAUGUUUAACUCCCUCUUAUACAUCACAAAGAACUGUUUCUAUCCUAUCUAUGAUAUUCGAUGACUGUUGAUGAUAUUAGUAACUUUAUAUUGGAAGGGUUUUGAUGUACAUAGAAUAUUAUAUAAGAUUAUAUUUUUAAAAAUUAAUAAAUGUAAUGAUUAAAUAGCUGACAAAAAUCAAUAUUAAUGAAAAUGACUUGUUUAUAGUUACUUUAAUUUUAGUAUUCCAUGGAAAAAUAUUUUUACUGUACACUAACUGUAAGCAAUCCAUCUUUGUAUGCUGUAUAUAUAUGUAAAUAGUUUAUAGUACUGUUUAUCAGUAGAUAUCCUUUAGCUGUGCAAUAAUGUUGAAAUUAAAGUACAAGGUUAUACAUAUUUUACUUUAGUUGUUUAUUUAUCAUAUAAUUUUUUUAUUUGUUGAUAACUUUAUAAUUCUUUUUACCCAAAAUAUAGAUCUGUAAAUAAUCAAUGAGUAGAUACU